UUGUCCUGAAGUCACUAUCUCAGUCCUGGAGAGCAGGGUAGGUCUUCGGUGUGGCCACUUGGGCAGCUGAUGGGAGCUUGGUCUCCACUGGCUAUACCAAUGCUCCGGAUUUUGCAGGGUCUUUUGGAAGCAAAACCUUUUAUCUGGGCCUGCAGGGCUUGGCCCUCUGGUUCAUUAAUGUCAUCCAGCAGUUCGCCGAAUUUCCAUUAUUAACCCAUCUAGAACCACAUGAACCACAUUAAACCUGACACUGGUUGAUCUGGCGUCUGGAGGCCCAGCUGGCUCUAUGGGUAAGCCGUGGAGAAGACUGGGGGCCUGGGAGCGACUCCCCGGAACCCACGCACCUAGGCAGGCCUCGUUGGUUCGAGUACUCCGCCCGGCAGCACCCGGACGCUACAGCCUGAGCCCGGCCGGCCAGAGCAGGCUCGGGCAGCGCUGUCGCUUUAAGAGAGGGGCGGGGCCUCGGUACUGGCAAGGCAGGGCCGGCCCACAAGGCUCCUUUUCCUUUUUGAUCCAUUCAAAAAUUACUCAUUGCAAAUUCCCGGACCGCUAGGAGCAGAGAAGGAAGGGGGCGGAGGAGAGAGGGCUGCUGCAGGCGCCGCGCUGGGGGCACCCGGGGGCCCGAGCAGCUGACGGCUGGUCCGGCCCAAGCAGCCCGCGGGCCGCUCUGGCUCCGGUGGCCUCACCAGGAAGCGUCAGUCUCGACUCUGGGGAAGCUCCGAGCGCCGCCUCCGUCGCCGCCGCCGCCUCCCGCCCGGCGCCCGGUCCCCGAGCCCCCUCCCCUGCUCCCUCCCGGACGCUCGUGGCUCGGGCGCUUUCCCCGGCAAUGGCUGGCCGCUGAACCAUGGCUCAGUACGGCCACCCCGGCCCGCUCGGCAUGGCUGCGAGAGAGGAGCUGUACAGCAAAGUCACCCCGCGGAGGAGCCGCCAGCAGCGCCCGGGCACCAUCAAGCAUGGAUCGGCGCUGGACGUGCUGCUCUCCAUGGGCUUCCCCAGAGCCCGCGCACAAAAAGCCUUGGCAUCCACAGGAGGAAGAAGUGUUCAAGCAGCAUGUGACUGGUUGGCUGUUCUCUCAUGUCGGUGACCCCUUCCUGGAUGACCCCCUGCCCCGGGAGUACGUCCUCUACCUCCGACCCACCGGCCCCUUAGCACAGAAGCUCUCCGACUUUUGGCAACAGUCGAAGCAGAUCUGCGGGAAGAACAAGGCACACAACAUCUUCCCCCAUAUCACCCUCUGCCAGUUCUUCAUGUGUGAGGACAGCAAGGUGGACGCCCUGGGGGAAGCCCUGCAGACCACGGUCAGUCGCUGGAAAUGCAAGUUCUCGGCCCCGCUGCCCCUGGAGCUCUAUACCUCCUCGAACUUCAUCGGCCUCUUUGUGAAGGAAGACAGCGCAGAGGUCCUCAAGAAGUUUGCCGCCGACUUUGCUGCAGAGGCUGCAUCCAAAACCGAAGUCCAUGUGGAACCUCAUAAGAAGCAGCUGCAUGUCACCCUGGCUUACCACUUCCAAGCCAGCCACUUACCCACCCUGGAGAAACUAGCCCAGAACAUUGAUGUCAAACUAGGCUGCGACUGGGUGGCCACCAUAUUCUCGCGAGAUAUCCGGUUCGCGAACCAUGAGACAUUACAGGUGAUCUACCCGUACACCCCACAAAAUGAUGACGAGCUGGAGCUGACCCCCGGGGACUUCAUCUUCAUGUCUCCGAUGGAACAGACCAGCACCAGCGAGGGUUGGAUCUAUGGCACAUCCUUAACCACCGGCUGCUCCGGACUCCUGCCCGAGAAUUACAUUACCAAGGCUGACGAGUGCAGCACCUGGAUAUUUCAUGGUUCUUACUCGAUCUUAAACACAUCAUCUUCUAACCCACUCUCAUUUGGUGAUGGUGUAUUGGAGAGGCGGCAGUAUGAGGACCAGGGCCUAGGGGAGACGGCGCCCCUGACUAUCAUCUGCCAGCCCACACAGCCUCUGAGGGUCAAGAGCCAGCCCGGCCCUCAAAAGAGAUGUCUCUUUGUGUGUCGGCAUGCCGAGAGGAUGGAUGUUGUGUUUGGAAAGUACUGGCUGUCCCAGUGCUUUGAUGCCAAAGGCCGCUACAUACGCACCAACCUGAACAUGCCUCAUAGCUUACCUCAGCGGAGCGGUGGUUUCCGGGAUUAUGAAAAAGAUGCUCCGAUCACCGUGUUUGGAUGUAUGCAAGCAAGACUGGUGGGGGAAGCCUUAUUGGAGAGCAACACCAUUAUUGACCACGUCUAUUGCUCCCCAUCCCUGCGCUGCGUUCAGACUGCAUACAACAUCUUGAAAGGUUUACAACAAGAAAACCACUUGAAGAUUCGUGUAGAGCCUGGCUUAUUUGAGUGGACGAAAUGGGUUGCUGGGAACACAUUACCUGCGUGGAUACCUCCAUCAGAGUUAGCUGCCGCCAACCUGAGUGUUGAUACAACCUACAGACCUCACAUUCCAGUCAGCAAAUUAGUGGUUUCAGAAUCCUAUGACACUUACAUUAGUAGAAGUUUCCAAGUGACAAAAGAAAUAAUAAGUGAGUGUAAAAGUAAAGGAAAUAACAUCCUGAUUGUGGCUCAUGCAUCUUCCCUGGAAGCGUGUACCUGCCAACUUCAGGGUCUGUCCCCUCAGAACUCCAAGGACUUUGUACAAAUGGUCCGAAAGAUCCCGUACUUGGGGUUUUGUUCCUGUGAAGAACUAGGAGAAACUGGAAUAUGGCAGCUGACAGACCCACCUAUCCUUCCUCUCACCCAUGGACCAACUGGGGGCUUCAACUGGAGAGAGACCUUGCUACAAGAAUAAACCAUACCAGUGAACGAGAAGAAAAGGCUCUAGAAAGCCUUUGGGAGAAGUGUCUUUCUGUGUGUUUAGUAACAGUGGCAAAGUCCGCACCACCAUCUAAGCGGACACCUCAGAACAAUUUAGCAGAUUUCCUUUCAUGCUUUAAAGCUCUGAUGACGAGACUGUGGGAAUGAGAAAAAGACUUGAUUCAGGGAUAAAAUUCAUUCUCUCUGGAUGCUUACCUAGCUAACAAGGCUUUCGAGAAUUGUCUUCCUAAAUCAAGGCACCUGCUACAGCAGAGGAUGUGUUCUUCCUUCCGUACACGGCUAAGGAGUCGGAAUGCUCUUAAAGGGAGCAGUCAGCCUGCUCUGAGGGGGAAUGCGAGAGGAGGGAGUAUGUCCAGAAUCCAGCUGGAGAGACACACUGAGCUGCCAGUUUGGGGAUAGGAUUUUCUUUUUAACUCCAUGUUCCAGUUAGGCAAAGCCAAGCUGAGGAAUUCUUUUAAGGUUAUUAGAAAACGUGCCCCUGCAGAGAGUUGUUCUUAUUACACAUCAGAUUCUACCCUCAAUAGGACCCACACACCCGUGCUGCUAGCUCAAGACACCUGCUUGGAUGACCCCCAUCUACCCUGGUACCUAUCGCCACAUUUUCUCUAGAACAGCUCACUACGGCUUUCUCCUACGGCCCCUCCCCCUCGCUUCUGUCUGUGCAAUGGGGAGAGCAAGCACUUUUGGAUACUCAGGAGGGAGACAAAUGUAUUCAAUUGUGGGAAGCAAAGAAUUUGCAAAAUAUAAAGUGACCUGGAAUUAUCCAUGUUACAGCACUUCCAAAUCACCAUGAUUUGCUUGUCUUUGCCCCUAGAAUCUAGACCGUGGUAACUGGUUAAGGAUGUUGACAAUUUGAAGGCAUGUGUGUUCGAUCCAUUAUUUGAGUCCACAAGAAGCUCAUUCCUGUGCAAUAUGGAUGUCUUUACAAACCAUACCAAGGGUCAGGUCAUUGUACACUUAUAGUACCUGUCACUCAUGGCAGAUCAUCCACCAAUGCAUCAAUUAUACCAGGGAUGUAUAAAGAAGUCAGGGAACUAAUUUAAAGGAUGACAGUCACGAUUGCUGUUUGUGCUGUCAUUUUUUUAUUUGUUUGUUUUUCUAUAACUUAAAAUAUGUAGGUAGGGCUACUUAAGAAAAGGUGGGAGAGCCACGUCCUGUGGUUUCUCAUCACACCUGCUUCCUGAAUUCAGAGGGAGUUUAUUGAAAAGAAAAAUAAAUGACAAUCAAACUAAA